AUAAACGUUUGAAGCCGUCUCACUACGGAUUGUUUGGUUGCUGCUGACUCUUCAAUGAAUAUUGUUUUUUAGCUGUAUGUUCAGAGUACGGGCUCGUUUAUAGUUUUAAGAUGGGGGACCAUGUUGAGCUACAGAUCACUCCAGAGACUCCAGGUAGACCCUCCAUACGAAACCCCUUUGAAAGUCCUAAUGACUAUCGCCAUCUCCGUGAACCCCUGGUGCCAAGUCCAUCUGUCUUCAAGUCCAAGCCUUGUAAAGCUACUCCACCGAAGUUUAACUGGUCUAUUGAUGAAAUGGCCAGUCUUCUCCCAGUACACAUAGACCCAGAGGAUAUCCAGCGACAGUCCUUUUACCUCAGCCAGACAAGGACGGAUUCUGACAUCGAGGAAAAGCGCCAGAAUGCGAUUGAACAGUUUUUCACCAAAGGAACCAUUGUGCCCUCCCCCUGGGCGGCCCCAGACACCCGCAAAGCCCCUCAGAUCCAUAAGAAAAGUUGUAUGUCUGCAAUGAUUGCUGAGGAGCCAGAAAAACACUCAGUUGCUUGUCAGACAACUCUUUCGUUACCCUUGGCUUUUGAUUUGGAGAAACUUCUAGGGGAAUAUUACCGUUAUGAGGAAGCAUGCGAUGCAGUUCAGGAGAGCCUCAGCUCAUCCUCCUUGAGGCGAAAACUCUUCCUCGAUGGCCAAGGCAGUUAUAGCGGCUCUGACAGCUCCAGCCCACCAAGCCCAGAAAGAGAUCAUUCCAGGCACGAGAGGUCACUACUAAACCAAGGAGAGGGAGCCGUAGUAGGUGUUGCAGGUUCUGAGGGAGAAGCUGUAUCAUCCAUCUUUUCCUCCCCUUUGUCCUGUGGUGUGUCCGCUCCGACUCCAUCUACGGGUCAGUUCUCGUCCAGUCCCAUCCAGCAUGGCUGCUUCCGGGACUGCAGCCUGGGCAGCAUCACCAGUCCUCUGUUCCCUGAUAAGUCGUCUCCUGCUGGCCUCGUUUCUCCCACAAUUUCUCCUAUUGUUGCAAAUGCAGCCCGCACACCUAUUGGCUCAGCUGAGAGGAAGCAGCCGAGGAAUUUGACCCCACAAGGUGUUCCCCUGGACGUAGAUAUCCCUUCCUGCACUGAGAGUCCAUUUGUUGAGGGUUGCUCUCCCAUUCGUAGCUGCUCCCCACAACAGCUCCAUUGCCACAAUGAGCUCAAGCACAACGCCAGAUCUAAGCCCAGGGCGAGAGUUCGCUGCUGGGCCUCCCCUCCCCUCAUCUCCCCGAUCCUCAACCCUAAGCUCCAGGACUAUCAGGAGGCUGAGGACCAACUCCCCUCCUCCUCCUGCUCGUCCACUCUCCCGUCUAUGGAGCUAGAUCCAUCUUCACCCCUGGCCCGGGACGCUCACCCUGCCGACGCUGAGAGCGUUAGCUUGGAUCUUAUGGAACCUGUGGAUAUGGAGGAGGGCAAGGAGACAAGGAUGGAGGGGAGGUUGGAGGAGGACAAUGAGGAUGAAGAGGAGGAGAAUGAAGGGCCUUUGGGACAGCUGACCAGCUCUCGCAUGGGCAAUGUGUCAGCAGUAGAAAGCUCUCAGAUGUUUGUGUCUCUCCUGGCAGAGGGAAGCAGCAUACGCUACGAUUCCAGCAUGCAGGUGGACAGCGGGUACAAUACUACCUCAACGGGCACUGCUAGUCUUAUUGAUGGCCUCGGCUCAGACUGUCACAGCAAAGAGUCCUUCAGUUCAAACCUGGCAGAAGAAGCCUACCAACUCACUAGACACACUAAAGUAAAGGUGUUUUAUCCUCACCACUGAGCCAUCUGACGGAUGCAUUGAAAGGGACACCUCUUCUAGUAGAUGCUUAAGAUGAUUAUUUUGCAAUCAAAUACAACAACGUUUACACUAUGUUUGAAGCAUUUAUGUCAAAUUAAUAUGGUUAGGGUGAAUGGGGUCAACUGUUAAAUGAGGUAUAAAAAGAACAGAGAUUUCACAAGUGGUUAUUACUUCUUCCAAGGGUGCAGGUACAAGUUGCCUGACUGAAAGGAAAUGGUCUACAAUAUGUUUUAUCACAGGUUAGAAGGGAGUAGACUUUACCCACAGCCUAUCUUACUACCACUGUAAGACGAUGAUCCAAAAUCAACAGUAGUUUUGGAUCCAGGAUACCGGGAUGAUGAGAAAAAAAUAGCCAAUUUUGUAAUGAACUUGCACAACAGUAACCUCCUUGAAUGCUGUAUUGAUGUUAAUGCCAUGAUUUCAAUUUUAUUUGGUGCUGACAUGAUUGACCUGAUAAAUCCUGACUUUCAGAUGGCAUCAGAUUUGUACUGUAUUUAUGUUUUAAAACCAUUUAUGCUUUUUUUUUUUUUAUAUGAUUGACUUUUUUUUUCUUUUAUUGAAUGAGAAAUGUUAAAAUUGAGGUUACUUGUGGAUCUUAUUUGGAUUGUAAGAAUAUUUAUUCCAGAAGACCCACUGAAUAAUGCCACUAAUGACUUAAUAGCUGAUGGAGCCAUUUGUACACCGUUUUUCUAUACUUAACACAUGAGCUGGAUCAUUGUCACAUUAAAUUAACUUGAAUUUUU